AUGACUCGACUUUUCGUUGCAAUGGUCAUGAUGACCAGCGUGUCUGCCGUCCGCUUUGAGACUGCAGAGGGCCCAAGCAUGUGUGAUCGUCAACUCCGCGUGAAGGACAUGGAAGAGGUCAAAACCAAGCACGGAUCCAGCUCCGGAUCUGGCACAAAGACCUUGACACAGUGGACUUCAAGUGUACUUUACGUUCACUACCAGUGCUAUGUGAAGGCUGGGCUGCUGAAACCCCAAUAUUUCGUUCGAUCACACAGGUAUUCUGUGGGUUGCGAGAAGGCCUUAUUGACGAAAACUACCACAUACACGAAGCUCAAAUGGGACCUCAUCAAGGACUAUGGCAUUAAGAAAUGCACGAACGAGGAAGACUAUGAGGAUCUGGAGGCCGACAGCACCGCGCCCAUUCCCGUGCUAGAUGGCAAAUCCCAAAAUCAAAUGGUCAACAAUAUGUUUGCAGCCAUGGACCGGGGCGAAUCGCCAUUCAAAGAUGACGAGGACGGGUUGCCAGUCGGAGCUGCCAAGCAGAGAUUUCAGGGUGGUGCUGUAGUGGAAGUAGAGGAACGCAAUGGAAAGAUCUACAAGCUGACGCGCCAAGUGAGCAAGUUCGGAUUCAGUGUCUUCAUCGUGAAGUGA